CUAUCCAUCUCUCUCAAUCUCAAUCUGCCCAUAUUUCUUGCUGUCAACAAAUUCAUUCAGCAAUCUCCUUUUUUCCCCCAUCAACAACAAACAAAAAUAAAAGUCCUUUCACAAUAUUCAAAACAAAACACUUUCACAAAAACCUCUCUUCAUCAACAAUGUCGUCUAGAAACCGGAGAUCAAGAGUUAACUCUAAGUUCUUCUUCUUCACAAGACGAACCAUCCUUCUUCUCCUUCUUCUUCUAGGGUUCUGCGAUGGAGCAAGAACAAAUACGAAUGUGUUCAACUCGAAACCACACAAUGACGCCGUUACCUCUUCACCUACACAGUUCUUGGGGUUCUUGCCACGUCACUUCCCAGUUCCAGCUUCUGGUCCCUCUAGAAAACACAAUGAUAUCGGCUUACUUAGUUGGCAUCGAUCUUCUCCGUGAACCAAGAAACAAAGCCUUAAAAGGUCAUUACCUUUUUUCCUAUUAAUUUGGUUUACCUCUUCUUCCUUUUUGCUUCUGAAUUUUAAGCUGGUGUAAAUGUUUUAUUUUUCUUUAUCUCUUUUUUUUUUUUUUUUUUCUUGUGAUGCCAAGCAAAUGUUUUGAUUCAUGUCGACAAGGCAAAACAUUUAUAAUCUAUUAUGAAUUUGUAAGUGGAAGUUGUAUUUUUUUGGAUAGCUCGAAUUUGUAGUAUUGCACGUAAGAAAGUAUAAGAGCCAUCAUCUUCAUGAUA